CUAUCCCCUCAGGAGAAGGGCCAGACUGCAGGGUCGCGUCUCGUCGUCGUCGCAGUCGACCGUGUAAGAAGCGGAGCUCCAAAAUACACCCCCCCCUCCCGACCGUGCUUUUCGCUUCGGAAUCUAUGUUGUCUCAAGUCGAUUCUGUUCCACGACGUCUUUUACCUCAAAGUAUUAUGCAGCAGAGUAUGAGUUUGUCCCCGACGGAUAUGGGAGGCGGUCCCAGAGAAAUCCACAAAAAUUAUGUCUUCGUUGAUGAGCACAACCGACAUAAGCGACUCAAGGUAAUGCGAGCCUGCGAAGGAUGCCGUCGACGAAAAAUCAAGUGUGACGCCGCGACUACGAACACCUGGCCGUGUUCGGCGUGCACGCGGCUUAAAUUACAUUGUGUGCCACCGAUGCUACAAUACGAUCGCGAAUAUGCUUCCUCACAGGUCGUGAUGGGACACGAUCAGAAUGUGGACUUUGGAGAUUCGGGCGGCAGCGGAGAGGAAGAGAUGAUGCACCACAUGGGCAAACCUAACCGGCCACACAUGCCUGGCUACCACCGUGACAACAACCACUAUCGGCAUCUGUCACCGCAAGACCAUCAUGGCCCGGGGCACCCGCAAUCCGGCGCAAUCCCGUAUUCGGGCUUGACCUCCGGGGAGUCGAUGGAGCCGGCUCUGUCCCCGGUGCACGGCCAUUUCCAUCAACCACCUGUUUAUCACUCCCAAGAGGUCAUGAGGCAGGAGCAGUGGCACGCAGACAACGACUACGCUUCAGCAUUGGUGGGCUCCCUCAAGAUUGACGACGAUGGUGUUGCGGGGUACAUCUCGGCCCAAGGCAGGAGGCUGGCCGAAACACCAGCGUACGAGCCAUGGGGUGACGAAGUAGAACCAAACAACCCUUCGUUCAUGCCCGGUCAGCAUGAGUUUGCCGUGAAAAUCCGGCCGGAGGACAUGCCCUCCAACGACGAAGCCGACGAGCUGUUUGGCAUAUUCUUCAAUCACAUACACCCGUACAUUCCCAUCGUCAACAAGGCGGCAUUCUUCCGCCUAUGGGACAAUUCAAGGGAGCAGAUUUCUCCCUUAUUGCUCGAGACCAUAUUCGCAUGUGCUGGAAGGCUCAUGACUCAACCCGCGAAGGGCCUGAAAUGGAUCGCCGUGGCAACCAGGCACGUGGAUUGCUUCUUGGACGUACCACGCCUGAGUACCGUUCAAGCGCUGCUGUUAUUACUAAAGGCACGAGAGUCAGCGCCGCAACGAGGAUACUUCUUCCGGUCAUGGAUGAGCAUGGUGAACAUCAUCGCGAUGGCUCGCGAUCUCCGCCUCGACAGUCAUUAUGAGCUCCACAAGCAGGGGAUUGGUUGUGGAGAAAUUUCGCUCGAGUGCACCACUCGUACCCGGGUUUGGCAGGCUUGUUUUGCCUAUGAAUUGAUGAUUUGCGCCCCACAAGGACGCAACAACAUGCAGUGUGAGCCAGCUAGCGUAGAUCUAUCUACACCUUUGAGAGGCGCCCCCGAAUUGGAUGACCAAGAAGUUAUGAUUCACCGCAACUUUGUACACUUCGUUCGCCUGAUCCACAACAUCCGACGAAUGAGUGAUGUUCACGCAAAACUCAAAGCGAACCCUAACUGGCGCAAUGAUCCGCAAUUCUUGCAAUCGGGCCCCAGCUUAGAGCAAUGGUUCUACGACCUACCAGCGGAUCUUCACAUCCAAGUCAACACCUCGCUCGCGCAACCCGGACCUCAGCCGGAGUCACAUCUAUCGGGAAAUCUCCAGGUGUACUACCACCUGGCUAGAAUCAUGCUUCACAGGCCUGCUCUGGCUUUUGGAAAGACGUUCGCUUCCGGAGGCGAGUGGAGACGACACAUGUCGGUGUGUGCGAACGCAGCGAAGUCGAUUUGCAGGCUGGAGGAGGUCAUCUUUGAACAGUACGGCAUGCUUGGUCUGCAGUGCAUGUCUCGAGGAGUCAACUUUUCGAUCUACUCCCUUCUCAGUGGAGCGAUGAUUCACCUAAUCGCCGCAACGUGUCCGGACCCCGAAUUCAACCACGAUGCCAAGGACUAUUUCACCAGAACAAUGCGCUUGUUGGAAAACUGUAUCGACAAUUCCGCUUCGUCGGAAAUGAAGGGGCAGAUCGAGACAUUACGUGAGGCGUUCUCGGUUGACGUUAAUCGACCAUUCGUCCUGAACCCGAGCUUUCCGUUCUAUCAUGGUGUUCCUGCACCCAUUGACCCUCAUGUUGCUAGAGCGUAUUCUCAAGCCGAUGCCGUUGCGACCACCAUGGCUGUGGCCAACGGGCAAGUGGCGUAUUCGACGCAUCCGCUGUCCCCUCCUCACUCUAUAGGGGAUACAGAAACGAAGGGCGAUUCACCAGGUGCGGUGCAAUCUCUCGUUAUGCUGGCUGCGGGCCAAGGCGCACAGGUGCCACAAUCGCAACCGACUCUAGUCGAUCACGUGGCCGCAUGGAAUCCUUCGAGAUUAUUCGACAAUUGGAACACUGCCUUCGGUGUCAAUGGAUCCGUGACGGCAGUGAUGCCUCCCGCAUUGCAGCAUCAGCAUCAUGAAGAAUUGGUGGACUCGCUUGGCGGUGCGCACACUUCAUCACAUUCUUAUGUUCCGACUACUGUUGGGAUAUCCAACUCAUUCGUGUCACCGGGCAUGUGGCAAGACUCCGUAGCCGCUGCCACGGUCUUUAGCGAAUCGGGCAAACGAACGUUUCCAUUUGGUAAUGACGGUGGUUGGGGCGAUCCUCCAGCAACGCGCGCGAUGGUUUCGCCAACAACGACGGCUUCGGCUGGAAUUGCUCUUCGUGCAAACGGCAAUGGCUCGAGAGGACGUUAACGAUGCGCUGUCAGUGGAAAGGCUUUUUGCGCCGACUAUUAGUGAGGAGUGGAGAUUUACUAUUCUUGACCGCUCUGAUUUUAUUUAUUUUCUUUGUUUUUUUCUUUCGUUCGUUUCGUUUUCGAUGAAGAUCUUCACCAGGGAUGUGUGGGCACGUGUGGGGGCCGAUGCGAUUGUCGA